AUGACAUCGCCCUCAACAACUACAGAUCGCAUCUCAGACUCGCAAAGGAGCGUACCAUACCUCAACCUUUCCCAACAGUACCUCGCCGCCUUGCAAGCAGAACCAACCUCACUGGCUCAAGACCUCGAUUACGACAGUUGGGCCUCGAUAGACUUCUCACCCGAAGCGCUCGAUUCUGCACUCCGCGACUCCCACAACUAUUCGCAUAUGCAAUCCGACUCAACAGGCGCGAUUCCCCAGUUCACGCCCAACCUGGGCCGGCGUUCACACCAGAGAGAAUCCUCGCUGUCGUCUCUUGGCUCAGUUGGACCGGCAUCGCCUUUUACACAGACUAUUUCCAAUCCGCGAAUCGCCAUUAGUGAUUCGGCGACGGAGCUAUUCUGCGAAAUGUACAAUAACGAUACAAAUCUUCACAACUCGGCAGCCUAUCAUCAGUUCGCCAAGCCCAUGGAUACCUUCUCUGGAUACCAGCACUUUGACGCUGCCAGUCCAGACAUGGCCUAUCCUGCGGCGCUGCCAGGGCACAUGAACCGUCCUCGGUUUGAUCGCUCACUGCUGCCAGCCCCCGAAUUGAACCAUGUCCUUGGUCGCUCUCACCCAGCUUCUGUGACUAGUUCUAUUGCUGGAGACUCGCCAUCAACGCCUGGCAUGGGCGACAUUGACCACGCUGAUCGCAGAAGAGCGGCGUACGGAAACAUCCCCAAGCUUGACCGCACCAUGACGGACGUGUAUGGUGACGAGCUUUACAAUCCGGGCUUCGCCAUCACGUCAUCAUCGCCUGCGCAUCCUGUGAAUGCCAGUACGACGAACAACCAAGUUUUCAGCCAACGUCUGAACGCCGCGAAUAGCCACCACCUCAAUGCCGCUUACUCGCCGGCUUCCACGGCGUCCCGCGGCCUCUCACCAUUUCAAGCCACCUCGCCGUAUGCUCCGCCCCAAUUGCAGGAACUAGGCACGCCACUUGGAAACGCGCAAAACAUGGGGCACGGCGGCAAUCCAGGUCUUAUGGGCACGCAAACAGGCAGCGGUAUCGAGCCCGAGACUCCAAAAACCAUUUCGCCUCAGGACGCAAUGAUAGAGUUCACUGCUGUUGACGGUGAACCCAGCUUCUCCCUGUUCCCAGAGAGCUCAAACAGCUUCGACUUCGACGCCUAUGGCAAAACUAUGACACAAGAUGCUGACGCCAGUCAUGUCCAGCUUCCAUCAGCGCUGGAGACGCAUGGCAGCCAAAGGCACUACACCGAUAUUCCAGUCGAGACCAGGAUACCUCAACAGUAUCCUUUCGUUUCGCGCGCGCAGGAAAUCAAGGAAAUUACGCCACCUCCAAGACUGGGAUCAUCUGGUAGCAGCACCUCCGAUGCGAAGACGGCUGCGAGCGACCACCGACCAUCUCGGGUUGGGGCAGACAGCGGAACGUACACAUGCACGUAUCAUGGUUGUACUCUACGAUUCGACACGCCUGUCCAGCUUCAGAAGCACAAACGCGAGGGACACCGUCAGUCGCAGAAUGUUGGCGGCUUGAGACCACAAGAAAACAGCAUGGCGGCCCCUGUGCUGAACACUCAAGCCGGCCCGCACCGCUGCGAUCGCAUUAACCCCAGCACUGGCAAGCCGUGUAGUACCAUUUUCUCCCGACCAUACGAUUUGACGCGCCACGAAGAUACCAUCCACAACGAGCGGAAACACAAAGUCCAGUGCGAUCUUUGCACGGUUGAAAAGACAUUCAGCCGAGCUGACGCACUCACCAGACAUUACCGUGUGUGUCAUCCUGAGGCAGAGCUUCCUGGAAAGCAUCGCAGACGAAUGGUCUGA